GAUUUAGUCGGCUUCAUACUUUCUUGACGUUUAGUUUGCAAAAUAAUUAUUCGAAAAAAUUGGUUGGAAAAAACAAGUGUCCCGGGAAGUGUUGUAGAAAUGUUGAAUAAUUUUUGAAAAAGGUUGACAAUAUUCAAUAAACAAUGCCUGAUAGAGCAUUAGUUUACAAUGUUAAAUAGUAUAGCCAUUGUAGAGUAGUUCUGUUAGACUUCAAAGAGGGUAAUAACUGGAAACAAAAUUGAACAAGCUACACCCACAACGAAGCAAACAUCGUAAUGGUCAGAGAAAGAAAGAAAAACCAGCAACAACAAAAUCGAUAAAUGUUUAAACAGCAGUUCAAAUGGAAUAAGCAAUUGUCUAAAAAUAAAUAUUAGAAGAAAUAAAGAGACGACUGAGCGGAUGAAAGUGAAAUAAUUAUUCCAAAAAACUUAAAAACCAACAACAAUAACCACGACGACAACAAUAGAAAGUAAGACAUACGGCAAGACAGGCGUAGACAUUUGUUUAACAAAACAAACAACAAUACAAAAUACAACAAAUUUUCACACGCCAAGGGAAAACUCACAGGCAAUAACAAUAAGACGACGGCAACGUUGACGCCAACAUCGCCACUUGGCUGUGACGUCGACAGUGAGAAAAAAGUUAUCGCAAAAAUCACAAUAACAACAUAUCAACAAAUACAACAACAAUGUCGUCUUUGGGGGGAGGUGCUGCAAGCAAUAGCAUUCCAACAAUUUCUGCAGCCGUAUCAUCAUCGUCACUAGCCAGCAAGACGUCAGCGUCAAAUUCCAGUGAUGCCCUCAGCUCCUCCAACAGACAGCUGUUGACCACCAUACAGAUUGUUCAGCAGAAAUUCAAAGAGAAUGAAAAUGUUUUGUCGAUAUUUGAGGCCUAUCAAAUCAUUGGCCAAGAACACACAAGCCGUAUCCUCUGUCUGGUUGUGUCAGUGGCGGGUGGCACCUAUGCUGUUUUUUCUAUGGCCGCGUCCCGUUUGCCACCGCGAUCUUGCAGUGAUUUGACUAUUGAUAAGGUUUUCCCUUUGAAUGAAUCAUUUUGUAUGGGCAAUGACAGAAAGGGUUCCAUAUCACAGUUACAAUUCACACUAAAAUGUUCCGAUGAACAACCAGUGAAAUAUUUCUACUAUCCUCUUUCCUCGGAUAAUGAUGUUGUGGAUUUUGAUACAUUUCAAGCUCAAGUGACAUCGGCAAAAAUGUCCAUGGUCCUUUCACCAAGUGAAUCAACUGCACUAAGUUUUGCUUGGGUCAACGAUUAUCGACAAAUUGGUGAAGUCAAACAGGAAAUGAAGAGACGAGAACAUGAGUACAUAAAAUACAAGGAUUUCACAAUCUAUUGUGCCACAUAUAAUGUAAAUAAUAAGUCAUAUAUUGAUUCCCCUUUACAUUUAUGGUUGGCUGCCUCUGAAGAUGCACCAGAUAUUUAUGCCAUAGCCCUACAAGAAUUGGAUACAUCAGCCAAAGCCAUAACAUUCAGUGAAAAUCGUCCAGAUUAUAUGUGGAUUAUGAAAAUGUUGGAAAGUGUCCAUGACAAGGGUGAAUAUGAAGAACUUACCUCUGUACGUUUGGUGGGCAUGAUGUUGACCGUCAUUGUGAAGAGAGAAAUCCGUUCUUCUAUUACCCGCCACAAUGUAAAAACAAUUGCCAGAGGCAUUCUCAAUACUUUGGGAAAUAAAGGCGGUGUUGCGGUUAGUUUGCAGCUGAACGAGGCCAAUCUAUGUUUUGUCAAUUCUCACUUGGCUGCCCAUAUGGGAUUUGUGGAGGCUCGUAAUGAGGAUUAUCAUGGCAUUGUGAAGGGAUUGGUUUUUGAUGAUGAAUUAAGGAGGACCAUUAAUGAUCAUGAUCACAUAUUCUGGAUUGGUGAUUUGAAUUAUCGCAUUGAAGAGCCACCCGGUUUACAAUUACCAGUGGCCCGUUCAACAGCCCACUCGGCAGAAAUUCUGCUCAAAUAUGAUCAGUUGCGACAAGAAAUGCGCAAAGGCAAUUGUUUUGAAGGUUACACCGAAGGCCCGAUAAAUUUCCGUCCUACCUAUAAAUAUGAUCCUGGAACCGAUAAUUAUGACAGUAGUGAAAAACAAAGAGCACCAGCCUAUUGUGAUCGUAUUUUAUGGAAAGGAUCACGCAUUACACAAUUGGCCUAUAACAGUGUUAUGGAUAUACGGCAAAGUGAUCAUAAGCCGGUCUAUGCUGUGUUUAGAGUUAGCAUAAAGACACGUGAUGAUCAUUUGUACAAGAAGGUCCAUGAGGAAGUUCUGAAACUGCUCGAUAAACGCGAAAAUGAGAGUCAACCACAAAUUAUUGUGGAGAAGACAAUCAUUGAUUUUGGUAUGGUGCGUUUCAAUGAAACAGUGGUGAGUGAUUUUACGGUUUCAAAUGCCUGCCCCAUGCAGGUUGGUUUCGAGUUUAAACGUAAAGAUCCACCGCUAAAUGCCAUAUGUGAGAAAUGGUUGAGAGUUGAACCAUGGAAAGAGAAACUAAUGAUAGAUUCCACCAAAAGUAUACGUGUAAAAUUAUCAGCCAAUGUUGAUUCCAUAACUAGUCUAUUGCAAAAAAUUCGCACCACCAAUUGGAAAUUUGAUUUUGAUAUUCUAAUUUUACAAGUUGAAAAUGGUCCACAUAUCUUUAUUACCGUAACGGGUGAAUACAAGCCCAGCUGUUUUGGUUUAUCCAUGGAAACGUUGUGCCGUACCGAUCGACCACUGUGUGAAUAUGACCAACAACAAAUUAAAGAUUUGAUGAACGAUGAAUCUCCAGAAUUCCGUGUUACCAUGCCUCGAGAAUUCUUUUUACUCAUUGACUAUUUACAUAAGCAGGGACCAAAGGUCGAGGGAGCUUUUACCUUGGAUUCAUUGGAAUUUAAACAUGCCCGAAAUGUCGAAUUUAAUGAUAUUAGAGAUUGGUUGGAUACAUGGUCGAAUAAUGAAUUUCCUGGUACACCACAAGCUGCGGCAGAAGCUUUACUUAUGCUACUCCAUUUGCCGGAGAAGCCAUUGCUGGAUCCCUAUGUUGAUGAUCUCCUGAAAACUAAAACCACCGCUGAAGCCAUGGAAUUAGUUUCGUUAUUAAGUUCACCCAAAAGAAAUGUUUUUGUUCAUUUAUGUAUGUUCCUACGUGAGGGUAUCGAACGUAAAUAUUACAAUGGCAUGCAUGUGGCCACAAUAUUUGGUCGAGUACUGUUGCGAAGCACUAAAAAGUCAGAUGAUUAUUAUCGUGACAUCAAUUGUCGAGAAUUUAUGCAACGUUUCAUAAGUAACGGGGAAAUGAGUACGUUAUCAUCAUCCUCAUCGUCGGCAUCCUCGGCAACUGGCAGCCAUCACAAUCAUCAUAGAGCCACAACGCCAGUGGCUAAAAUGAAAAACUCUGCAUCAAAUGCAAGUUUAUCAGGGGGCAGUACUGCAGCAGUGGAUUCAUCCUGAAAGGAAAUAUAAAACAAAAGCAAAUAACAAGAAAUGACUUAAUUGAAUUAUUUGUAAAUUUGUUGUGUUAGGCAAACAGUUUUAUAGCAUUUUUUUUUUGGUAACAAAAGUUCAUUUUUGCUAGAAUUUUUAAAAAUUUUUUAACCACAGACAUCUCAACACUUCUUGUUAACGCCGAGUACACAUAGUUUUCUAUUUUACCCACCCCCCACAUAUGUUUUGCAAGUUAUCUAUGGACAUGUUCG